UUGCUUUCAGGGUCACACGGGACGCACGUGGCAGGCAUCGCGGCUGGAUAUUUUCCCGAGGAGCCAGAACGAAACGGCAUCGCUCCUGGUGCUCAGAUCAUAUCACUGAUCAUCGGAGAUGGUCGGCUGAACGCGAUGGAGACGGGCACUGCACUCACUCGCGCGAUCAAUUACUGCAUUGAGCGUAAAGUGGACGUCAUCAAUUACAGCUUUGGGGAAGCGGUUAACUGGCCGAACGAAGGUCAGACCAUUGCCGCCAUUUCUGCAGCGGUCAAUAAGCACGGCAUAAUCUUCGUAUCCGCGGCCGGCAACAAUGGUCCUUGCCUCAGCACGGUCGGUUGUCCUGGUGGAACGACCAAGUCGUGCAUAGGCGUUGGCGCUUUCCUUUCCUCGUCGAUGAUGACUACGCUGUACUCCUUACGCGAGAAACUGCCCGCCACGCUUUACCCGUGGUCGUCAAGGGGACCAUGCUGCGACGGUGCGCGCGGAGUAUGCAUCAGUGCGCCGGGUGCUGCCAUAACAUCCGUGCCCAGAUGGACGCUGAACAAUUCACAGUUGCUCAACGGGACGUCGAUGAGUUCACCUCAUGUCGCCGGUGCCAUCUGCUGUAUUUUAUCCGGUUUGAAGGCAGAGAAAAUAAAAUAUUCACCAUUCAUCGUAAGACGCGCCCUGGAAAACACCGCUAAGGUGACUGAAUUCCAUGAGCCAUUGUCGUACGGGUACGGUCUUUUACAGGUUGAUUAUGCCUAUGAAUAUAUUCGAAAAUUCACGCGACCAGAAAACAACGACGUUCAGUAUAAGGUGACAGUAGGCAGUAACGGCCGAGGCGUUUACCUACGUGAACUGCACGAGGUGGAGCGCUGUCGCGAAAUCUGCAUUUCGAUCGAGCCUGAGUUUCGCGACUCGGCUGAUAACGAUGAAAAAGCGAACUUUUUCAAACGUUUCACCCUGGUAUGCAAUGUGGAUUGGAUCAGGCACCCUUCUGGCAUUAUGUUGAUGAACUAUAAACGCCAGUUUAACAUCAAAAUCGAUCCUAAAAGUCUCGAACCAGACGCAGUGCAUUUUGCAGAGUCUCUUAUUCAGAUCAGUGCGUACGACGCGGAAGCCAUUGACGAAGGGCCGUUGUGGCGAGUUCCAGUAACAGUUAUCGUACCGCGGAUCGUCGGCAAACCACAGGGCUAUCGUUUCAGUGUUGACAAUGUUACGUGCAAGACUGCAUUUUCGCGCCGACAUUUCAUUCACGUUCCAGUCGGGGCGAAUGCUGCAGGUCAGUUCAUAUCGAAUUUUCUCUGUUUAUACGUAGGUUGUUCUUUUUUCGGUUUGUUUGCAUUGCCUAACGUCAUUAAUUUCUAGUG